CUUCUCCAAAGUCCUGCGACCCAAGAAAAGCAAAAAGCGAGUGAGAAAUCGACGCCGGUUUUUAUUUUCUAGGUAAUUUGAAGGAAAUUCAAGUUCUUAAGCCAAUCUAAGGUAUAUUCUUAAGCCAAUCCAAGUAAAUUCUACAAACCGAAAAUGGUUGAAAUGGCUGAAAGAUCAUGGGCUGAAGAAAUUGAGCAAACUGAUGCUGAGAGCUGUUGCUCGGACUCCGGUACUGUCACCGAGGGGCCAAACUUUAAGAACGUUGAUGAGGUUUCUUCUGAUGGAAUGCUUAAGCUGAACGAGGAAGGAAAUGAGUACAUACUUUUGAAACAUCGGUUCUACUUGAGCAUUGGCGUCCUUUCGCAGAAGUGCACGGUUAUUGAUGCGUACAGGAGUCUCCAUUCUGCUCCCAUGGAGAGAGCUCGGCUUGAAACUUUUAAGAUUUUCAUGGAUGCUAUGGCAACAAAAGGUGAGGGGAAUCCUAAUGUGGUGCACGCUUGGUAUUGUGGAUCGAAAGAUGAGGUUCAUCAGAUUAUGAAGAAGGGAUUUGGGGUGUGUGAGAUGAAGAAAGACAGUGGAUCCUAUUGUUUUGGUCUGCAUCUUUAUCCGGAGCUUAAGGCUUGCGACAGUAUUCCAUCUGUACCUGCUGAUGCUGAUGGAUUAAGGCAUCUGUUGGUUUGUCGAGUCAUCUUGGGAAGAACAGAAGAAAUUCUUCCUGGUUCAAUACAGUCUGGUCCGAGUUCCGAAGACUUUGAUUCUGGAGUGGAUAAUCUUCAAUCUCCUUCAAAAUAUAUUAUCUGGUAUCCAGAUGUUAAGACGAAUAUCCUGCCUCUCUAUGCCCUCUCUAUCAAGAUGGAUUCUUUCACGGGAGGGGCACAAAGAGAGCCGGAUGUGAUGAAGCCUACCACGCCAUGGGUGCCUUUUACUUCCCUCGUUUGUUUGCUUACUAAGUGCUUACCCCAUUCAACUAUGUGUCUGAUUAGGAGGCUUCACACCAAUUUCUUGGAACGGAAAAUUACGAGGCAGCAGUUUAUAUUUCGGGUCAGGCAAUUGGUGGGGGACAAGUUACUCGUUUCCACCAUCAGGGACUUCCAAGAGAAGAGAAGGGCGGGGAAGUUUAGGAGGGCUAACAAGUAGAAGAAAUCGUAGAUGACAACUGAUCCAUAACAAGAUUUUACCGUGAGGAAGCGGAGUUUAUGCUCGACUACUGAAUCAAGCUCAUUAUAGAACAUCAAGCUCAAUAUAGAACAUUUCCUUUGUAAUUCUGAAAACAAUUUUUUUUUUCAAUAGUGCUAUUCUUCUGUUAAUGAACCAGAAGGCAGGAUUUCAUACUAUUUUGUUUAGGAGUUGGCAGCGAUGAGUGUAUUACUGGUGUUGAAACCUCGUUUACUUCAAAUUAAUAUGCAAAUAUCA